CAGAGGCCAGGCACAAGCACCAAACCCCACGCCCGCACCCAAGAAAGCAGAGCAUUCCCCAUCCCCACUCCGCUUUCCCCUUCCUCGCCAUGGCAGCCAAGGCCCCCGCCCUCGCGGCGCUCCUCCUCCUCGCCGCCGCUUCCCUCCUGCUCGCCCGCGGCGCCGAGGCCGGGGCCGGGGAGGUGCCGCUGAGCUGGGAGCUGGGCGUGGAGGACGUCGCCGACGACGGGUACGGCCUCACCGGCGGCGACGCGGUGGCGCGGCGCGUGCUGCAGAGCGGCAACGGCUACAUCAGCUACGGCGCGCUGCGGCGGGACAACGUGCCCUGCUCCGUGCGCGGCUCCUCCUACUACAACUGCCGCCCCGGCGGCCAGGCCAACCCCUACUCCCGCGGCUGCUCCGCCAUCACGCGCUGCCGCGGCUGAUUGAGCCACCCGCCGAUCCGCCCCCGUCCCCGUCCAGGUUGGUUGAUUGAGAUGCCGCUCCGUGUCCUCCGCUCGCUCCGCUGAAGAUGCAGAGUACAUUUCUUUCAUGCUGCUGUUUUAGUACCCGAUUCCAAGAGGUCGCGUCUGUUGAUGUAAAUCGAAAUCCAAGCCGUGUUUGUAUAAACUGAUGGAUGAUUGAUUGAUUUCCUAUGGCCGUGAACCUGUGAUGCGCUGCUUGUUGAUUUUGUUGAUUUAUGGUUGUCUGCUUA